AUGAGGCCCGCCCGGUUUAGAAAGUGCGUUUCGGAGAGCGACAUCAGCUGUAAACAGAGGGACGGACAUGUCAACACCUCCGGAGGCUCUCAAUCUCACGGAUUUUCCUCCCAGUGGCCGUGGCCAGCCGCACAUCCGCCCAGGAGGAGGUUUCUGGUCGGGCUGCUCCUGCGCUGCAAAAGCGUCCAAGUGCUCGAAAGCAUCCAGAGAGUUUUGCAAGUGACAUCCUGGAAAGUCUUCACUUACGCCAGGUCAAAGAAACCAAAUUUACCCGAUGAGAUGUUCAUGUCCUCUCAGGGUUACGAUGAAAACCUGCCCGGCACCGACAUGGUUAAAAUCUGGGACUGGUUCAGCGGUAGUCCCGACUGGAUUAAAUCAAAGUAUCUGUGCCACCUCCUCUCUUUCUGUGACACGGAGCUCUUACGCCUGUUGGGGAACCUCGCCAGUGUGCUGCUGGUCCGACAAAGGCGAGGAUUUCUACAGUUUAAUGCAAAGAGCACCCAGCAGAAUGGGUCUCCUGGGGUGGUGGCUGUUGGCACCAGAGGUUUUUCUGAGAGGAAAGGUGGCCGUAAAGACGGCAAGGCUGACGCUGAGGACCCUGCUCUCAUGGUGGUGCCUGGAUCCUCCACAUCCAUGUCUGGGGUCAGCCAGUGCCGAGACUUCAUCCGCUGCCUCCCUGUGCAUCUGUCCAAGAGGAUACUGGGUCUGCUGGACAAACACACUUUGAGAUGCUGCCAAAGAGUUUCUCGGUACUGGCGGUACCUUGCCCGGGACACCAUGGGCGACACUGAUGCCAAAGUAAUUUUCCAGGACCGCAUUGCGAUGAUGAAGAGCAAGAGUAUUAAGAGAGUCAGCCCCACCUAUGCCAACAUCCUUGAAGUCCUCGUGCCGGUCAAAUGUGAUGAAGGACGAGAUUUUCACUCUGUGGACCAAAAGGGCAAGCCUUUUGAAGCUGCUUAUGCCGGCAUCAAAACCAGAACGGUCCAAAUGGAGGAGCGGAACGUGUAUUGUGGCAUAUAUAGUGUCACGAUGCUGCUGGAGAAAGAGGAUCCACACCGGGUGGUGGACUACAGAGGCGGGCAGGUCAUGGCUGUGGGCUCUAAGGACCGCAUGCUCCAUCUGCUCUCUGUGGCAUCGACAAAAGAAAUUGCCCCGGUGAUGAAGGGCCACGUUGGCAGCAUCCGAGCCGUGCUGCUCUGUGAGGAUCGAGACCUGGUGAUAAGCGGCGGCUACGAUUUCAGUAUCAGGUGUUGGAAUUUGAAGACAGCAGCAUGUACAGCGGUGCUAUACGGUCACACAGGCACCAUCAACUGCCUGGAUGUUCAUGGCGACACGCUUGUCUCAGGAGGAAAGGACUGUAAGGUCAGAGUGUGGAAUCUGCAGACAGGGAAGCACUUUGAGGAUUUUAAUUUGAAGCACCCGAGUUCUGUCCAGUGUGUGAAAAUAAACACCACAGUGGUCUACAGCAGCUGUGAUGUGGGCCUUGUCAAGAUAUGGGACAUGGAGACUGGAGCACUGCUCAAGGUGAUUGAUGCCCACCGAAGCUCAGUGAAGUGCCUGUUCUUUGACCAGUGGCACCUUCUGUCUGGGGACUUUGAUGGUCAAGUCAUGGCCUGGAGCAUCAACCGUGAUGUUACGGAGCGCCUCAUGACCUUCAUCCACCCCCAGGAGGUGCAGUCUCUGACACUCACAUACCUCCGUGUCAUCACGGGCUGCACAGAUGGGAAAAUGCGGAUCUUUAAUUUCCUCACUGGAGACUGUCUGAGAUUCAUCAAGGUGGGGGUCAAGCCAAACCCGAUCUUGUCCAUGCAUGUUCAUGACAACAGUAUACUUGUGAACACGACAUCAAGUGUGCAGCUCUACCAGUUUGCCAAAGUGUGUUGGGACUACACAGAGUCAGCAGAGGGAGGCCAGCGUGGUGUCGCGAUGCCUCAGGCUGGUUUAGUCUCUGAGGAAUCUUCAGCUUCACUCAGAAAGUCUCCCCAUGUCUCUGUCCGGGUAGCUCAUGUGGCACAGGUGGCCUCAGUCGCCCGGAAGACGCAUGACCACAACAGAAAGACACCACAGAAAGUGGAACUGUCCCACCGUACUCGCUGUCUUUCUGCCCCCUGUAAAUACCGAUCACCAGCCAAUGAGGUCAGUGGUGAGGCGGCCAAGAUAUCAGUCAAACUGAGUGAGAGAGCAGCGAGUGAACGCAUGAAGAAGAGGGGUCUUCAUCAUCCUCUGAUGACUGAGCACAUCCUCCUCAAGGUCAACACCAUCCAGAAGGCUCGAUGCAGUGAUGAGGCUGGUAUGAACAUGGAGUGCAAUGCCAGGCUGCGAGAUGCCUGGGGUUCCCCUCCACCUCAAGAACCAUCACCAUCCCCCCAUCUGGAUGUGCAUCCAAACCUCAGAUCUUCCCAAUCCUUAAAACGGAGCUCACAGGCUCAGAAACACCUGCCAUGCCACAGGAUCGUCACCAGCACGACCAAAACCUAUACACCAAUAUUGAACAGAUCCUUUGACAAAAACAUGAGAAACAACUUAAACAGCAGAGAUAUCACCUCUGCUGUCUCUGACGUCACUAUACGGCUUACCCAUCCCAGCGUCUGUCUCAGAGAGCCCCAUCAUUGCUUGGUUUCUGAAAGGACGCUGCCUCGAAGAUCUGACACACAAGAGCCAUUCAGGAAGGUGGGUGCCUUCACCACAAGUGCCAAGGAGGGGCCACAGGCUCCUGAGCAUCUGGACUGGAGGCAAACCCAGCAAGGCGCUACCCUCCGUCCCCCUCCGUCCUCCAGCUGGGUUACAGUAGGAAGCCAUGUAACUGCCUCAUACCUGGGUCUGGCCCGGGAGAGGAAGCAGGAAAUGCUCGCCAUAGCAGGGCUGCUUUGUACCCUAUGGGAGAUAAUGGGAGCCGUGCAGAGAGACAGGGAUGUGCCCCGGGCCAUGUUCCACAUCACCACAUCACACCCCAUCCACAGUUGUCUGGACAGGAAGCCCUACUUCCCGUCUUCCCCCUCGCUGCUCUGCGUCUCUACCUUUACCAGACAGAUUCUCGGUUUCUGCCCCAUUACCCCCAUUACCGGCCUCCAGGCUGGACAACAGGGAGAGCUAAGGUCCCGGUCGCCCGCCGCCAUUCUGAUACUGCACACGUUCCUCAUUUCCCCCGACAUGUGGUCCCGCGUUGUUUUUACAGUCACACCCCCCGUCAUCCCCCCGGCUUGCGAAAACCAGCCCCGGCUUUUCCUCACCUCACGCCUGCCCCUCUCCAAACGCUCGCCUCGAUGUGCCGAGCGCUUGAAAAGCGAGGAUGAGAGGAACAAGGCCUCGGAGAAUCGCAGCGGCAUCAGCGUUAACGCAGGCUCACUCCAUCUGCUGCCGAACGCUUUGACACAUGCCAAGGAGGCACCGGGCACCACACAAGCAACUCGAACUCUGGAAGUUAUGGACUGUGCAUGA